GUGACAAACCCCAAACAAUCCUUCUCGAAGCACGUCUCUUGCAUCUUGAUCCCAUAAAUCUUUGCGGGAUAUCUAUCGGAUAAAUUCAAAAAUGCCUGCGCCAACAGCACUGAAGCAGGCCGAGAGUGCCCCGCUCGCCAACGAUAUUUCGCUCCCAGUUGAGGGUGCCGAUGAAGAGUUUCUGUUAGAUGCGCCUGGCGCUGAGGAUGCCGAUGCGAAUGUCCUCGUGCCCGUCGAGGAUAGCAACGAUAUGCAAAUCGACGAGGAAGGACGACCUCGAUUUGCGCCCGCCAGGGACAUUGAUCCCGUCACCAGGGUCGAGACACGCAAGAUUCCUAUCCCUCCUCACCGAAUGACACCUCUAAAACAGUCAUGGACAUCCAUUUAUCCACCAUUGGUUGAGCACCUCAAGUUGCAAUGCCGAAUGAACAUCAAGCGCAAGACGGUCGAGUUGAGGUCAUCAAAGCACACUACCGAGUCCGGAGCGCUGCAGAAGGGAGAGGACUUUGUCAAGGCCUUCACCCUGGGCUUUGAUGUGGACGACGCUAUCGCCCUACUACGACUAGACGACCUUUACAUUCAGAGCUUCGAGAUCAAGGAUGUGCGAACGAUGCAUGGCGACAGCCAAGCCCGUGCUAUUGGACGAAUUGCUGGAAAGGAUGGAAAGACGAAGUUCGCUAUCGAGAACGCUAGCAGAACACGUAUCGUUCUGGCCGAUAGCAAGAUUCAUAUUCUGGGUGGAUUCAAAAACAUUCACCUUGCUCGAGAGUCAGUCGUGAGCCUCAUUCUCGGAAAGCCACCCGGCAAGGUGUAUGGCAACCUUCGAACAGUUGCGGCGAGAAUGAAGGAACGUUUCUAAAGGACAAAAUCUGGCGAAGGACUUGGGUUGCUACAAACGGCGUUUCGGGUGGGCAGCAUUAUGAUCUUGAAUUUGUGAACCAGGGUUACUCAGUCAAAUGGAAGAAUGGCAUAGUAUGUCGAUAACGAUAAAGAUAGAGAUGAAUCGAUUAGUCGCUCUGCGGAU